AUGUUAGACAUACACAUUUAGAUAAUAGAACUCGUUUCGUGCCUACUUGAUUAUGAGAAUUCAAAUAUAGCCUUCAAGUAAUAAAAAUUUACUUCUUACUUUCUAUUUGUAAGGACUAGCCAAAUACCAACCGCUAUUGUCAAAACUCCCGAAACAACUAUGGCUACAUCAAGUAAAACCUCACUAUCAAAUGCACACAUAUUUAAAUCGAUAUUUAUAUCUAUAUUUUAUUAUAAGUAGCCUGGUAGUUAAGUUCAUAGCGUUUCAUCUUAUGGCGCACUUUAAAAUCUUUCAUAGUCAAAUAAAACUAAGUCUGUAUUUUCAUCAAGACUUUAAAUAAAAUAUUAAAUUCCAAUAGUAUGUUUGAUCCAGAGUAAGAAUGGAAAAUGCAAUAAGAUUUUUUCAGGAAUUAGAUGCUAUAAGUUUAAUCAUAGCUAACUUCCCAUGCCUAAUCUCUCUGAUAUCUGUCUUUAUUUUGAUUUUUCUGAGUAGCAUUUACUAAUAAAAGUGAAAGAAGAUGUCUAUCUUAAAACUAAGAUCCUUCCCUUGAUUUUCUAUAGAGCAUCUUAAAUUAAUAUCAUACUAUUAGUAGAAUCUAGUAACCCAGUUAUUAGAAUAAUAUAUGAUUUUUAUAUUCUAAUUCGUAAAGAAAAGAAAAAUACAUAUUUAACCCUUUGA